ACCAGUGUCCACACUCGCAUCCUCACGCCAAAAGCAUUUGCUGGAUUCUCUUCAUUGCUUGUGACGAUACACAAGCUCUGGCACUCACAGGCGCAGAGAAACAAAGAGAAGAAGACCAUGGUAAAGGAUCGGAAAAUCGGUGUCGCCCUCGACUUCUCCAGAAGCAGCAAGAACGCUCUUAAAUGGGCUCUGGACAAUUUGGCCGAUAAGGGCGACACCUUUUACAUCAUCCACAUCAAUCCCAAUUCCCUCGAUGAGUCCCGUAACCAGCUUUGGGCUCAAUCCGGUUCUCCUCUUAUUCCUUUGACUGAGUUCAGAGAGCCAGAGAUUAUGAAGAAGUAUGGUGUUCAGACUGAUAUUGAGGUUCUUGAUUUGCUUGACACUGGUGCUAGACAGAAAGAGGUGAACAUUGUGACAAAAAUAUACUGGGGUGAUGCGAGGGAGAAACUUCUGGAUGCCAUUGAAGAUCUGAAGUUGGAUUCGCUGGUCAUGGGAAGCAGGGGCCUUAGCACUCUCAGAAGGAUUAUAUUGGGAAGUGUCAGCAACUUUGUGAUGACUCAUGCUCCUUGCCCGGUGACCAUCGUGAAGGAUUCAAGCAGUAGCAACUAGUCCUGAUGAUGAGAUUAUCUGGAACAGUUUGAAACCUAUUAAAUCAUAUUCUAUCAUGUUGGUUAUGUUGAGAUUAUCUGUCUACCCUAGACUCUUUUUUUAAAGAAUAAUGUAAUUCGAGUGCUUCUUUCUUCAA